GGCGGAGCUCGAGGUGUUAGGUGUCUCUCGGUGAGUGAGGCGCGAGGGUCCCUGUGACCUGGGCGCGGGGGGAAGCGUGGAAGGGUCCUGAGUGGAAGGGCGGUGCCUGGAACAAGAGGGCGUCGCUUCGGUGGCGGGACCAGGGCUCCAGUCCCGCGGAGGCGAAGGAAGAUUCUUCAAGCAGUCACGAUGUCAAGCAACACAGAUGUUUCUCUUUCUUCAUAUGAUGAAGAUCAGGGAUCUAAACUUAUCCGGAAAGCUAAAGAGGCGCCAUUUGUCCCUAUUGGCAUGGCGGGCUUCGCAGCAAUCGUGGCAUACGGGUUAUACCGGCUGAAGAGCCGGGGAGACACAAAGAUGUCCGUGCACCUGAUCCACAUGCGCGUGGCGGCUCAGGGCUUUGUCGUGGGAGCGAUGACCCUGGGUAUGGGCUAUUCCCUGUAUCGGGAGUUCUGGGCAAAGCCUAAACCUUAGAAGAAGAAGAAAUGCCUGCUUGGUCUUUUUGAAGGCGCUUGCUUAGUUAGACAUCUCACGUCUAGGUUACGAAUUUGUAUCGAAAAUAAAUCACUUGAGUUGGUUCAGACUAGAUUACAAUGUUUUGAAUAAUGUUUUUUUCCCUCGCAUACUUAAUGCCCAAAGUUAGUGGUGACUAGUUCACUAACUGCGUCACUCGCGGUGUCACCAUGAAAGAAACAGGUCACCCAUGUGCAUUUGAAAGUGUUCAAAGGUCCACUGUCCCUAAGCCCUCAUGACAAAAUCAGUCUUCAGCAGGCCAGCCCUGAAGUGCUCCCGGUCUGCUGCCAGGUAUCACACGCCCUGCACAGUGUGUAGGGAUUCUGCUGGCUGUUAUUUCAGCUGUCGUUUGUCUGCCUUGCGGACUGCUGAGAGGACUUCAGUUCUUAGGAUUGGCUGACUCUUGACGAACUCUUUCAAAAUACGCAUGAGAUAUUACUUACAAACCCUCCCCCACCGGACCUGUGUGUGUGUGUGUGUGUGUGUGUGUUCAAACCUAGAAAACUUACAUCAGAGCUGCAUAGAAGUAGUAGUUAUUUCAGAAUCACAUUUGUAAAUCACAUUCUGUAAACAGCUUAACCAUGAUUUUCAGUUUAGCUCUUUUAUAAUUGUAGAAUUAUAUUUUUGCUGCUGUUGUAUUAGAAUAAUUUCUAAUUGUCAUCUGGAAAUAGAAGUAUUUAAGGCUAAUGCACAGAUAAAGGAACACUUUUUAAAUGUAUGCAGAAUGUUCAUUUCCUCUGUGAGAACUGUAAACAUUAGACCCUUUACCCAAAACGGCAGUGCUGAGUUGGGUUAUGGGCAAGCUGAUUUGGUCACACAUUAUACACAACUUGAAUACAAUGUAGGAUGGUUGUAAAUAUUUGUAAAAUCCCCUUAUCUAACUUGAACUUACAUUCCACGGCGACAACGUGGUAUAUGUGUUAUGUUAUUAAAGUAGGUGAACUAUCA